UGCAGAGCAAAUACAAAUUACAAAUACAAUAAAAACACAAAUACAGAAUCCAUUUGCGCGCGAGCUGCAAAUCGGGCAGUAACUACAAACUGGGUACUUAGGCAGACAUGACCUGCACGCACUUCUAAACUAAGCUAGAGUUAAAAUUGUUAGCAAACCAACAUAAUAUCUUAUUUCUUCCAGGCUGACAUUUUAGUUGACGGCAAACAUUAAAGAAUCAUGCAAUUUGUUUUUAAACGGUUAUUUUGUGUUUCAGAAUAAGUAUGAACGUUUUCAAAUGAAUAUGCCUUCUUCAUUUUAAUUUUUAGUAAAUUUGGUAAUGUAAGCUGAUAUACGCGCACGCGGAUGGAUCACGUGACUCUUUUGCCUCUUGACCUUUGGCUAAAACGUCACUCUGCCAUCUUGCUUGCAAUACUAGGCAUGAUUGUUUUUACCAGCUAGCUGCUUAGCGCCGGAAUGCUGUACUCAAGUAUUAAUAAAAUGGCAAACCAUUUAGACCAUUUAGCCUCGGUCGCGACUGAAGUAUAUUAAUGUCAACUAGUUACACCGAGGGUGCCCGGAUAGUUGUAGCUAACAGGUCACAGGAUAUACUGUUGCCGCUUUAGCAUGUUAGCGGCUGCUGGUACUCGUGCUGGAUUUCAGGGAAACUGUAGUGUGCUCCAGGGUUUGGUAGGCAUGCUAAGUAACAGAAAAUAAUUUAUUCAGAGUUGUGAGGGUCGUCUUCUAUCCGAAUAACCAUAUUUGGCCUAUUAAUAUUAUAUUUGUUGGCUUGUGCAUUUUGAACUAGAUGUGAGUCCUGAGCUGUUUUUUUUCCUCUUCGCCGAAUUUCUGUUGUACUUAGAGUCAAGUUGUUUUGCUGGAGUAUAAUCUGACACUAUUGUUUCCUGAAUUAAAAUAUGUUUAUAGCCUCAGUCGCGACUUCCAAAUAUGUAUUUUGUGCUCGUACCUGAAACUUGCUUAAGUUAGUCGUUUGGUUACAGGACUAACUGAACCAUUCGUUCGUUAAGUCGCCAGGUAUCGCUGGUAGUGACGGUGCAUGCAGGUGCACAAAAAUAAUUAGUGAAAUAUCGAUUAGAAGAUCAGUUUGGUGUGCCUGGGGAAACAUGUCGUCUUUCUCUGAAUCUGCGCUGGAGAAAAAAUUGUCUGAGCUUAGCAAUUCCCAGCAGAGUGUUCAGACAUUAUCCUUAUGGAUCAUACAUCACAGGAAACAUUCAUCAUUCAUCGUGCGCGUAUGGCAUAGAGAGAUGAAGAAAGCAAAAACCAGCAGAAAAUUGACUUUUCUGUAUCUUGCCAAUGACGUGAUCCAAAAUAGCAAGAAAAAAGGACCAGAGUUUACGCGGGAUUUUGAGACUGUCCUCCUAGAUGCCUGCUCUCACGUGGCGAGGGAAGUAGAUGACAGCUGUAAGAAGCACCUGGAGAGGUUACUGAACAUCUGGCAAGAACGCAGUCUGUACCGUGCCGACUUCAUCCAGCAACUGAGACUGGCUAUUGAAGAUUCCAACAGCCCCAAACACAAGGUUCUGGAAAAGAAAGCCACCAAGCGUCCUUACAGGAAGGUCCAGGAAGAGGAGGAGGAGGAAGAGGAUGAUGACUACAGAGCUCACUUCUCACCACACACCUGUGAUUCCACGGGUCCACAGCUGACUGAAGAGCUGGUGAAGGCCCUGCAGGACCUAGAGAAUGCUGCUUCUGGGGAUGCUGCUGUCCGCCAAAAAAUAGCCUCACUGCCACAAGAAGUGCAGGAUGUGUCCUUGCUGGAGAAGAUUGUAGACAAAGAAGCUGCAGAGAAACUAUCCAAGACAGUGGAUGAGGCCUGCUUACUCUUGGCAGAGUAUAACGGGCGCCUUGCUGCAGAGCUGGAGGACCGAAGGCAGCUGGCCCGCAUGCUAACAGAGUACAUCCACAGCCAAAAGGAAGCGCUCACAGAGAGGGAGAAGAAGCUGGAGGAGUACAAGCAGAAGCUGGCCCAGGUGACCCAAGUGCGUAAGGAGCUGAAGUCCCACAUCCAGAGCCUGCCGGACCUCUCCCUGCUGCCUAAUGUAACCGGGGGUCUUGCACCAUUGCCCUCUGCUGGGGACCUGUUCUCUACUGACUAAGCAGCCCAGUACCCUGACCUGCUGAAGUGACUCCUGGAGAGAGCAGAUCAAGGCUUUGCAUAGAGGGCAGCGUGGGAUCAGAACUCCAGCUUUCUCCAGCUCCACAACCAAAACCACAUGUGCAUUUUGUGGUGGUGAUUUUUUAAAAUACAUUUUUAUGAUAUGAACAUGAAAUCAUCUUACUUGUGAAAAAUGUAGAGGCAGUUGGUUUCAACUAGUAAAUUAUUAAUUCUGUAAAGAAUUCUUAGUGGUGAUGUUCACUAAAUAGCACCUGUGUUGGGUUUAGUGAUUAAUCUAACCAUGUUGGGUGUGUUAAAAGACCCAUGUGUGAAUUUAUUUUCUACUGCUGCUACUAAAAGACACUCUUUGAAUUUAGCAGGUAUAUUUAUACCUACUGGCAUGACCUACAAGGGCCUAUUCCUGCCCCCCCCCCCCCCCUUUCCUGGGCAUCAGUACAAAAACAUGCUUCUAGGUAUAUAAAAACUCAAAUAAGGCCAACUAUCUGUACUUCGUUACAAAAUGGCAUUUGAUAUCUUCCAGGUCCCAGAUAAUCUAAGCACUCUGUAUAGUUUAUUUUAAUGUACGAAAAUUAAGUUAAAAACCAAGUAAUGUUUCAGAUUUCUUUUCAGGUCUUUGUAAUGAAUGAGGUUGUAGUUUGUUCAGACUCUUAAGAGUUUCAGUUGUCAUGGUACAAUAGAUGAACUUUACCAAUAUUCUAAGGUUGUCUUAGUAUGUUUUCUCACUAUUUUCUGAAAUGGCCUUCCUGCGGAGUACUUAGUGAAACAGGAAAUAGUCCUGUUGCCCUCUUUAAUUAGGUCAAAGCAUUAUGUAAUGUUGAUUGAUCUGCUGUUUUCCAAUGGUCAGCUUUAUAAAGAGUAGGAAAGCGAAUGUUCUUUGUGUUUGGAGAGUGGUGGUGUGAAACAUUGGUUCACUAAGUGCAUGGCAUAUGCUUUGAAGAAAACAAUAGCUAAUAGCUCAAUGGAAUCCAAAACAUGAUGUAUUACGAAGGAAAAAUGUCGGAAAUAAACCACACAGGAUUAUACAAACAA